GGACUGGACAUCUUCUGCACUCAGAAUGGGCCGAGCAAUUAUCUGGACUGGUUUAGCUGUCUUGCUGUUUCUUCACUGCAGUUCUGCUUUCAAACUGGUUUGCUAUUUCACCAACUAGGCUCAGUAUAGGCAAGAUAGAGGGAAAUUCUUGCCUAAAGACAUUGAUCCCAAACUGUGCACUCAUCUCAUUUACGCAUUUGCGGGAAUGAAAGACCAUAAGAUCACGAUGGCAGAGUGGAAUGAUGAACAGCUCUACAAGGAUUUCAAUAACCUCAAAAAAAUGAAUCCAGGAUUGAAUACACUUUUAGCUAUCGGUGGAUGGACAUUUGGUAGUACAAAAUUCUCUGCAAUGAUAGCUACUGCUCCCAGUCGCCAGAUGUUUAUUUCUUCUGUGGUUUCAUUCAUCCGAAAACAUGGCUUUGAUGGCUUAGAUCUAGACUGGGAAUAUCCUGGUGCCAGAGGCAGCCCUGCAGAGGAUAAACAACGUUUCACCUUCUUAGUUCAGGAAAUGAUGAAAGAAUUUACAGCAGAAGCUCAGAAAACAGGAAAGAAAAGACUCUUGCUUAGUGCUGCCGUUGCUGCUGGGAAGCAGACUAUUGACAAUGCUUAUGAAGUAGACAAGAUCUCAGAAUCUCUGGACUUUAUCAACCUCAUGACAUAUGAUUUUCAUGGAGCCUCAGAUGGAGUCACAGGACAUGUCAGCCCCCUAUUCCCUGAUACUGACAAUGCUGUGAAGUACUGGAAGAGCAAGGGAGCACCACCUAAAAAGAUUGUUCUGGGAAUUCCCGCCUAUGGACGAACCUUCACCCUUUCUACUUCACAGAAUGGAGUGAAGGCACCAACUUCAGGGCCUGGCAUAGCUGGUAUUUACACAAAAGAGAGAGGAUUUUUGGCUUAUUAUGAGAUCUGUGACUUUAAAAAUGGUGCUACCACAAAAGUGAUUGAAGAUCAGAAGGUUCCAUAUUCCUUCAAAGGAAACCAAUGGGUAGGAUACGAUGAUAUCAGCAGCAUUACUAAUAAGGUCCAGUAUUUGAAAAAACAAAACCUGGGAGGUGGUAUGGUGUGGGCCUUAGACCUAGAUGACUUCAGUGGCUCCUUUUGCAAAGAAGGAAGAUACCCACUUAUUCACACUCUGAAAAAGCAGAUGAGUUCCACAAAUUAAUUGGUUUUUCUCUUUCAGGUUCAGCAACAUUCCUGAAGAUGAAAUGUCAGAUCUAGGUCCAAGACAAACUGCUUCACCAGCAGCAAACAGCUUUUCACUUUGAUAAGGCUAAAGGGAACUACAGCAUAUUAAAUUACGAAUUUUAUAUUAGACUAUAAGUAAUUGGAUCCAACAAGUACCAUUUCCAUAUGCUGGGUCCAGUAAGACUAAUGCUUGACAAUCCGUAUAGAUGUUGCAACUAUUUUAAUUGAAGCACUGGUCCUCACCAAUCCCAAAGAUAAUCACAUUCUAUAAUUAGCAAUGUAUUGUCUCUAAAUUAAACUAUCCAUUUUUUCCAAUCAAUACAUUUCUCUAACCUUUAAUACAUGCAUCCUUUGAUCUUUAUUUCAGUGUGUAAACAAGAUAUUAUUACUUCAUGAUAAUAUUAAUUACUGUUUUAUAGUAAUAGUCUAAAGUGCACCAGAAAUAAACUAAUUGCAAUCA